GAACAAUGUUCUGUGUUAGGACCGGGUUAGACGAGUCACCUUUUUUUUAUUCACUUACGGGUGUUUAGGAAAUUUUGUGACGAAAUAAAUUUGUUCAACGGAGAAAAUGUGCUGUUUUAGCUCAAAUACUUAACGACCUGACGUCACAUUAACUAAUUUACCUAUAUUUUUGCGUUCAGCCACGCAACUGCAAAAUUAAGGCGCCAAGUGGGAGGUUAGUUUGAUAAAGCUAAAUGUGGAACAUUUCAAUAAGUGUCCUUCAUCCCAUUUGAGCUAUUAUCUCGAGCAAUGGAGUUGCCCAACCAGCCUCUGAAAACUGCUUUUAAUAGGCUCAGCACAGAUGAACCAAGCCAAGAUUAUGAUGAUAAUAAUAAUAACCGUUUUAGCCACCCGAAGCUACUCUCUGGGUGUUCUAGAACGAUAACUUGUGAAAAGGAUAUGGUUAGUCCUGGCAGCAGUAGAUACUCAUGGAAUUCACCCAAUCCGUUCAACAACUUGAAAAUUGAGAUUGAGAACAACAAUGCCCUGACAAGUCACAAGAGACGAUCGGAUGACUCCUGCCUUGAUGACACGUACGAAACUCCGUUCAAAAAGCUCUGUCGUCCAAAUGACUUCGUAUCCCCAGACCUGGCUUGUGUUUUGGAUUCAUAUAACCUUCCAGAUGUAGCCACCGUCUAUUCUACAACAGACCCCCAAAACGUGCCAUGUACUGUGGACAAUACAGUCAAAGUUCAGAGUGAGCCUACAAAAAAGGCGGACAGUAGACGGUGUGUUGCUGCACCCCGAAGUAGCCCAUCUUCAGACACGACUGAUGCUUGGACUACAAGCAUAAGCCAUGAGAAUGAUGAAGUCACAAUGGAUCUGAGGCCUGUUUUUGAUUUUGAUGUGGAUGACCUCAUGUGCCUGAGCCCCUUUGACAGCGACAGGGGGAGCGAUGAUGACUUUGAAGCCGUUGCCGAUAAAGGCCUAACAAAGUCUUUAUUGGCUUAUAAUGCAACACAGGACCAGGUGACAAAGGGGGGAAAUAAAGGUCAGGAGGGAAAUGGAGAGGCGAUAGUGGGAGAACGAGAACAGGACAAGGAUAAGCUAAGCCAACAGGAGAAAGAGGGCGGUGUGAGGCGCAGAGGGUGUGAGGCGCUACAGAGGUCCUAUGUUGGUUUGGGAGAGGGGCAGCCCCUGUGUUCAGGGUUCCCCAAGCCCAGUGGGGGCUUGGCUAUGGUCAGCCAGCUGUGCCAGUCUUUCACUCAAGAGGACGUGUGUUAUGGGUUAUUUGGGGCGCCUCUUGUACCAGAGGUAGGUGCAGAAGAUGCCUUAGAGGGAGCUGCAGGGGAAGGGUGGCAUAUCGGAGCACCGAUUCUGGAGUCCUCUGUAUGCCAUGGUGACGCAUUGGAGGUUAACGCAACUUGUGAGGGUAACGCGUUGAAGCUGGGGGAGAAAGGAGGACUUGACACUGAAGAAGUGACCGUGGAGACCAGCUAUGAGACCACCAUGCCGCUCAACGUCCAGGUGAGGUCAGUAGUGGUGGUCCCCAGUGUAGAGCAGUGCACCCGCAAACCCUCAGUGCACCCGACAACUCUCCCUGAGCACAAAACCGUAUACGGACCGAACGCUGUUAAGAACACAGCUGUCCAGCCACAACAGAAUUCCAUCAAGAAAGGGUCUGUACAGAAAGUGACAAAGCCUGUCCAGGCAUCUUCAACUUCAUCUGAUCGGAAAGCUAAGACCAUAUGUACACAACAGAUUGUACCAAGGCCAGUGGUCUUUGAUAAGGAGGAGGACUGGCAGCGUGAGAAGAGGCUGUAUGUGUCCUCAGUAACCAGACACAUGAGGGAGAAUUCUGGUGCAGGGGUGAUGACUGAGCUGGUGAAUCUGAUGAACCAUGUGGCUGACCAGGGUCCAGGUACCAACAGUAGGCAGUGGCAGCACCCCUCAGAUCUCACCCGCAGAAAUUAUCAAAAACGGUUUGGAAAUGAUUCAACGAUUUACACUCUGGACCAAUGGCAGAACCGGAAUUACAAGAACCAUCGGCGCUUUGCCAAGGUCCCAAGGACCUUUGAGAGAAGCCCUGUUCUGUGACCCUAAGCAAAAGCAGGUUACCGCAACAGGGUCGUGCACUUUUCAACUUAGCAAAUUACAACAGUUGUGUCAUUAGUUAUCUUAGCUUCUGGACACAUUGUUGAGUAUUCUAGUCAUACUCUAGUUGUGUUGCAUAUAGCAACUGUGGUAGUUAAGCCCCAAACUGUUGUUUCCUUGUUUUAAGCAAAACACAACACACAGUAACCCUAACAUAACAAGUAGACACUAGGUUGGUUAUUGUGUAUAUUUUAUUUAUUUGUAUUGCUCUUGUCGAAAGCCUGUAACAAUGUUUUGCACUUAAAUGCUAACUUUUAUCCUUGAAAUUAUUUUGCAUGUAUUGUUUUGCUUGUGUAUUAUUUUGCAUGUGGUUGAUAUUGUAUAUUCAUUGCUAAAGUGGCUUGAAGCCCUGAUGUUUGUUUUUCUGUUCUUGCUUGUUAUACAGUGCUAUUGUAAAUUUUAGCAUGAUUUAAUGUAUUUUAUUCUUGUUUUUUCUUACUUGAAUUUAAAUAAUGUUCCUUUCAUUGUACCAAACAACCAUGCCUGUAAACUUUUCUAAGUCAAACUGCUUAUAAACAAGACUUUAGACCCUUAGUUAGUACCUGUAUACUUCUUUUGGGUCACUUGGAAAAAGAUAAAUACAUGGGGUGUUAUGUAUAGUGCUUUCCCCAGAUGGCUUAUUUCUUUUGUUGUUAAUUUACAUUUAAUCACUCAGCAGAAGUAUUCAUCCAUAGUUGCUCAGACUAGUGAUGCAUACGAUUUUGUUCUUUGAGUCUUUGAACUUCAUUGUACUAAAAUAAAUGGGCCUGUUGGUUUUCAUCUGUGUUCAACCUUC